AUGAGCGGAGCGCGAGAAAUGACAUAUCUGUGGGCGGUCAUGAGAGGACCAAAUCCCCCAAACCGACUUUGGCUCUGUUUGGUGAAGCAAACUCUAAAAAAUUGCUUGGUGCACUUCCGAGGGGUGAAAGUAGCCCCAGGUGCAUGCUUCGUUCGCGACGAGCUGGCAAGUUCCAUGGUGCGCUCUACAGCUAUCCCCUAUCCUUCUACCACAGUCCCCUCUCAGCUGCACGGAAUCCUUCUCAGCAGGCGAAGCUACGUCAACACGGAACAUAACUUACUCCGUCUCACAGGACCUGACUUGACUGGUGUUGUCUCCGCGUUUGCGCCCCCGAAGUACCACCAGGCACUGUGCAUACUUAGCUACAAGUAUGAGGUGUUCAAGCUUGUGCUGAAAAAUCUAUCAGAGAAAAGCGAGGUUGACACAUUGGAUGCUCUCAAUCAUUUGUUCCGUUACAUCAAGUAUCUACAUGACGUUCGAGAGGCGUAUGUUGGCUCUGCUCAUCAUCGGAGGAAGGAAGGUGCGAAGGAUGUAAAUGAUUGGCGGUGCCCCUCUUUCGAGUACCACCUCUGGCUUGAGGUCAAAUACGGGCAAUACGGCAUGCGAGAGCGGGACAAUCUCCUCAAAGAUUGCAACGUAGACUUCAACUACGUCUAUUACGACCGGAAGCCGGACGUAUUCCAAUCCAUUGACUGGGUCGAGUAUGUCCAGCAGCGUACUGACGACCCCUGUGACACAACCGGGGGAGGAGGUACCGUCAAAAUGGGUGAUUCCCCUAUCGUCAUUCCGGAUACAGUGAAUCGGUUGGUCAAGGUCAUCGUACACGAGGAAGAGGAAGCUACACGUCGUUAUCGGACAGACGCUGGCGCCGAGGGUCCCGGAUCUCCGAGCAAGGUACUUCUUGGCAAAGGGAAGCAGGAUGACAAGGAUGACACAGAUGGGGACCCGUCUGACUCUAUAAUCGAGGUCGAGAGUCAGGGAGAGGCUGACGCUGAGAUGGAGGAUCAGAGUCACGCAGAUGGGGACGGCAAGGAAGGCGGUAGCACAGCUGAGGAGGACAGCAAGGCCCGGGUGGACCACGCUAAAGACGAGUGCGAUCUGGAAACGUCAUCCCUCAAGCCUUCAAUCCAUGCCGCACGUCGCUGGGGAAGCAAGUUCUCUGACCUGCUGUUCUCGAUUCGAAUGCAUCUUCGGAACCAACAUGGCAUCGACAUAGAUGAACAUGUUGAUGCUCCAUCCAUCACAGCCCUCCUCACUUCACUAGGCGAGGAAGACCAGCUCACCCACCGCGCGCUAUCUGUCCUUUUGCGGGUAGAGGAGGGAUUGGAUCGUGUUGAAGGCCGGGAUUCAGCCUCAAACGGUCGCAGUGGACACCCGUCGCGGGCCGAUAACAGUAUAUAUCAGGAAGGCGCCGGAGAUGAGUCCGACGCAGUCGGGAAGCGCAAGAGGGGUGAAUCCGGCUCGGAGUUGACAGGGUGA